AACACGGCGGCACCGGCAUGCAUGCAACCAACUGUCACCGUACGUCGCCCGCAAAGCUCUCAUGGCCGCCCACCAUCUCCGGCCGCCACCACCUACAAGGCUACAAAAACCAGGCGACGCCAUUCCCGCCAAGCAUCGCACGCCAUCAACCCUUCCGCCACCUUGUCUCUCACUCGCGAAAACCCCCCUCUCCACAGGUUACCUAGUACACGUACGCACAAACGAGAACAUGGCGCUCCAGAGCAGGACCGCUGCCGUCGCGCUGCUCCUGAUCGCCGUCGUGGUGGCGGCCGCGUCGGUGCCGGCGGCGACCGCCUUCGGCUGCUUCGACGACUGCUACGAGCGCUGCGCCAACGGCGCCAAGGAGGACCCAGCCUGCACCAAGAUGUGCGGCGAGGCAUGCGGCGUCGCCGGCAAGGUUGUCGGAGGGGCCGCGGCCGGCGUGGUAGGCGCGGGUGCCAGCGCCGGCGGUGCCGGGGCCGCCACGCCCACCGCUUGAGUCGAUCCCUACGUGUGCAUGCAUGCAUGGCAUGGCGUCGCCCAACUCAGGAUCUACACGCACGUACGAUCGAUCAUCGGAGGAAAGAUGCGUGCCUGCAUGCUAUGUUCGUUCAUUCGUUGGUGACUAUAGCUAGUUCUUGUUGAAUUCAUUUGCUCUUGUCUUUGAUUUGUAAUCCGGUGCGUGCGCGCAUGCAUGCCAUUGCAUGAUACGUAGGUGUAACAAAUUUCCGGCCGGUGGUCUGAUUUUAUUGUUAAUUGAUUUCAAUAUACUAUAUAUAUCUCUGGUU